CAGUUUCUUUUUCCCCUCACUGGAAGUGGCUUGGCGAUAAAUGCAUGAACAUUGCAGAAUCCCAGAGAUUAAACCAUGGCUUGUUGAGAGUACCACAUCUGGGCAAUCUUUGAAAAAAAAGUUCAGAAAAGAACCAUCCUUGUCUCUGUUUUGUGGCUGUUUUUCUCUCUGAUCCCACCCAGCAUGUAACCAGCAAAGGCAUUUGCUCUGCAUACUCUUUUCAAAGAUUCGUAUUCUGACCAACCAUGCUGGCAGAAAGCUUCAUAUCCAUCUUUGCCUAUAAAGGUGAGUCUUUUGACUCUCGUCCAGGCCAAGUGCUGAAACCUGUUGGGCAGGAAACUUGGCAAAGCCAGUUUGCAAAUAUGGAUGAUAAUGAACAGUUCUUUAUGGAAUCCGAUCAAGCAGCAGUUGAGAAGAUGGCGGAGAUUCAUGGCGGUAACAUGGAUCUAAAAGGUCACCAACAGAUCCCUGGUCAAGAUGUACCAAGAAAGAAAACCCACAAAACACCUCUAUGCGCCCCUCAGCACAUACUAAUUCAAGAGGAAUACUGUGGAAAAGAACUGGACCUGUACAGAUCUUGGUCAAACCAAAGCCUUUAUCAGAAUUAUCCUGAUCUGCAUAUCGGAGGAGAUCACAUCGCUGACCAUACACGUGAUUCAGAUCGCACCGUGGACCAGACUCCCAACGAAUUGCCUGGGCCCAUGCUCUUGUCCACCGAUAUCCCCUUAGAUACUCCCUUUCCAUUACAGAAAUCCAGAGUGCUAAAGUUGGGGCACGGGGAUGACGUUGGGGAGAGCAGCAUGGUUCCCCACAAAGAGCCCCUUUCUAACUCCUUGCUGAACAAACACAUGGAGCGCGAAAUCCAGGAACUCUAUAAACAGUUUUGGGAAGAGAAGUUGACUCACUGCAAUUCCAUCACCCACUUCCUGACGUCGAACGGCCUGACGAGUAACAUGGGUGAGACCCAUCACCCACUGUCUCAGGGACACCAACAAACGCUCUUGCACUCUCUGGCUCGUCUGGGCUUGCACAACACUAGCAGUGGAAACAGCAGUGAAUUUAGCACGCCAAACUUACAAAUCUCCGCCCCGCUUUGCAAGAGAAAAUGUCUCUGAUGCAACAUGGAGGAUGAAAGAAAGCAGCUGUGGGAUAGUCUUUGGUCAAUACUAGAGUAGACAAGUUUUGAUGGUCGAGAUUCACACUCAAAAAGUUUUUGGAAGGUGACAAGUAUACCAGUCAGCAGGGCAACAGCCCAUAUACAGUGAAGCCUUAUCAUGUAUAUAUAGAAAAAAAUCUGAAAACUUCUUGACAGAAACCUAGGCAUUACUAAGCCUAUUUUAGGGUUUAUGCUGCAUUCCCCCCCCCCCCGUGUAUCAGUGAUUUUUAGCUAUUAAUAAAUCAUCAGACCAACAGAAUAACAAAGUUGGAAGGGACCUUGGAGGUCUUCUAGUCCAACCCCCUGCUCAGGCAGGAAAGCCUAUACCAUUUCAGACAAAUGGCUGUUCAGUCUCUUCUUAAAAACCUCCAGUGUUGGAGCACUCACAACUUUUGGAGGCAAGUCAUUUCACUAAUUAAUUGUUUGACUGUCAGGAAAUUUCUCGUUAGUUCUAGUAUUGCAGUAGGAAUGCUAGAGAAGUAGUAAUAGUAAUGGUAGAAAAAUAGACUUAGGAACUAUUUUUGACCCUGGCUUAAUUCUAAAAGUGCACAACCUUAAGAGGCUCUAGGACAUUUGUGGUAAGAGACUUAUUGGCUUUUGGGAACUGUAAUUGUGUGAGGGUUGGUUUAUAAACUUAUCUGAUUCCAUCCCCUCAUUUUAUUUUGACAUUUCAAAGAUGUUGUCCUAUAAAGUUCAUAUAUUUCUCAA